UGAUGGAUCCUCAGACACCCUGAGCAGAGAUGAGUUCCAGAGCCUGGUCAAAGCACAACUCCCCAACUUCGUUAAGGUAAUUACAUGUUAAUUAUACUGUGGUAACGUUUGAGUAAUACUAUAAUAACCAGUGAUCACCAUCCCCUGCCUUGGUGUGCAGGCUUUUAUUCCAGUCCAGCUAUAAUACAACUGAUUCAGCUUGAUGAUUAGUGCUGGGCUGUAACAAAAGCGUACACCCUUUGGCUUUCCAGGAGCGGGGUUGGUGGGCCACAAUGUCAGUUUGUGGUACACUUAAUUUCCUCUAGAUGGGGACAUAAACAGCACAGAUGCCUCUUGUCCUGCCAACCUCUGCCUCCUGUGGUAUAUCAGUAUGGCCAUGCUAGAAUAGACAACAUUUGCAUUUGUACUUGUAAAGUGCUGUACCAACAUCCUUUCUAGAAUGGCCAAAUAGUGACACCCAGCAAAUAGCUUCAUUUCCUUAUUCCCUUCUCAUGACCUCAGAUUUUAGAAAGGUUUCUUCUCCUCUCACGGCUUUAUUCUGACAAGUAUAAUCAGAUCAGUCAGUGUGGUUCUGAAUCUGAGGAGACGAGGAAAGGAAGCCUCUUAAUUAGUGAUUCUGACGGCCCUUAUCGCCCCCCAUGUAGAACGCUGGUGACCCAGCUGUCAUCGACCGACUCAUGGACUCAAUUGAUGAGAACAACGACGGAGAGCUCACCUUCCUGGAGUUCUGGCAGCUGAUUGGACGACUAGCAAAUCAACACGGCGACUUUAGCCAAUA